AAAACCCUUCCCUCCAGUCUCCCCCCUUACAUAGUUACAGGUUACAGCCCACUUUUUUUUUCCCUUACUUUCUCUCUCCUCUUUACGCAAAUGAACCCUUCCUCCGCCCUCCGACUCGACCAAAACCCGGUCUUCUUCACCGGAUCAACUCACUACAAACUACACACUCGGGCCCCACCUCUGUGUCGCCCUUCUCGUGUUUCUGGAACCUUCCGGAAAACCUUUCAAUGUUGUUCUGUUGCCGUCUCUGAGAAAACUCGCGAGUCACCGAGUCGGAUCGGCGAGUUGAGUCAGGUUUCCGGCGUGUUGGGAUGUCAGUGGGGUGAUGAAGGUAAAGGUAAACUUGUUGAUAUUUUGGCGCAACAUUUUGAUGUCGUCGCUCGUUGUCAGGGUGGAGCUAAUGCUGGGCAUACCAUCUAUAAUUCCGAGGGAAAGAAGUUUGCCCUUCAUUUAGUUCCUUCUGGUAUCCUUAAUGAGGAAACUUUAUGUGUUAUUGGAAAUGGAGUUGUGGUGCAUCUGCCUGGACUUUUUGGUGAAAUUGAUGGCCUAGAGUCCAAUGGGGUCUCUUGCAAGGGUCGUAUAUUGGUUUCUGAUCGUGCUCACUUGUUGUUUGACUUCCAUCAAGAAGUGGAUGGGCUUAGAGAAGCUGAGCUUGCUAAAUCCUUCAUUGGCACAACAAAGAGAGGCAUUGGGCCUUGUUAUUCAAGCAAGGUGAUAAGGAAUGGCAUACGAGUAGGUGACCUUAGGCACAUGGAUACUUUUCCUCAAAAGCUUGAAAUUUUGUUGUUGGAUGCAGCAUCCAGAUUUAAAGAUUUUCACUACGGGCCAGAAAUGCUCAGAAAUGAAGUGGAAAAGUACAAAAGAUUUGCUGAGAGAUUGGAGCCAUUUAUUGCUGAUACUGUUCUUGUCAUGAAUGAAUCAAUCUCACAGAAAAAGAAGGUUUUGGUUGAAGGUGGUCAGGCUACUAUGUUGGACAUUGACUUUGGAACUUAUCCUUUCGUAACUUCUUCUAGCCCAUCGGCUGGUGGCAUCUGUACUGGUCUUGGUAUUGCUCCCCGCGUUAUUGGUGAUCUUAUCGGAGUAGUAAAAGCAUACACUACACGUGUUGGCUCAGGUCCCUUCCCCACAGAGAUUCUAGGUCAGGGUGGGGAUCUGCUUAGGUUCGCUGGUCAGGAGUUUGGGACAACCACUGGCCGUCCUCGUCGCUGUGGCUGGCUUGAUGUGGUUGCAUUAAAAUAUAGUUGCGAUAUUAAUGGCUUCUCUGCUCUGAAUCUGACGAAAUUAGAUGUUUUGUCUGAUCUUCCCGAGAUCCAGUUGGGUGUUGCAUACAAGGAUGUUGAUGGUACACCAAUCAAAUCUUUCCCUGGUGACCUACGGGUACUUGAACGGUUGAAGGUUGAAUAUGAGGUUUUACCCGGGUGGAAGACCGAUAUAUCAUCAGUCAGAAACUAUGCUGACCUUCCAGUGGCAGCUCGUCGCUGUGUUGAGAGGAUAGAAGAAUUAGUUGGCGUUCCCAUCCACUACAUUGGUGUCGGUCCAGGCCGCGAUGCUCUGAUUAUGAAGUAAUUAUUAAGGUGAUGAGAUCGGAUGAUAACGUUUUUAUCUUUGGGAGGUUCCGUUGGAAUCUCCCUUAUUUUAACUUCCGGGAGAAAAAAAAUUGAAAGCAAACAAAUCCACAAUUUGCUGACAUGCAUUCUACUAUGUUACCAUAUCAUCUGUUGCCUAAACUGAUGCCGAGUGAUGAGUUUAGAGACCGAGUAUUUUUGUAGUUUCCUCCCCUCUGGCCUAUGGGCGCUGUAAUAUGAAAUUGCUUCGAGGGGUGAUUCUAUGAUCCAUUGAUAUUUCUCCUAUGUAACUCUUUCAGAUCACAGGGCGUUGUGAAAUAUUGCUUGGGAAGUUUUCGUCGGAGCAUUUCUGUUGGAGUUUUUUCAUAUUGUUCUGUAGCAUCUGGUUAAAGAUUUGAAGAUGUGAAGUAAUCUUUGCGCCAGAUAAGAAUAGGCUAUUGCAGUGAAGGCUGUAAAAUAAGAAUUACUGAGCAUUGUUGAUAUACUCGUCCCAAUUUGCAAAUCCCUUUUGGAUAA